GACACAAGGGUUUACUCCACGCAUUGUAGACGACGCAUCCCAGAUCAUCUGGCAGUGCUAAAGUAUGCAGAAUAUAAAUUCCGUACAAUCUUUUGUGUGAUUAUCUCGGACUGCGCCAAGUAUCAGAGCGAGUGAGGCACUUGACCUCAAAUUUGCACUACAUUUAAUACGUGUGUUUAAAUAUUUUGUAAUUUGGAGUAAUUAUAUAACACUUGUUAUUUUUUAUCCUCCCAACUCCAGUUAAGUUUCGGUUGGCAAACGAUGGAGAGAAUAUCUCAGGGUCGGGUCAGUAGUUUCUAUCUCGGUUCUCAGUUCAGAUAACUAACAGGAUUUGUUAUCAACUUUCACUCACAAGUUUCUUAUUAACCAAAUUCGAUUUGUAGAUCGUCCGUCUAUCUCAACUCAAUUUGGAAAAGGGCUGUUUCGCACGAUUAUCAUCUCUGUGAGAUAUUUGAUUAUUGGCAGCGCAAAGGAUAUAUUUACUUGGAAAAGGUGGACAGUUGUGUCUGCAAAUGUAUCAUUCGCGAUCGUGGAAAUUGUUGGUAAAUAUUGUAUCACGCGCGGUUCUUGCGAACUUCGCGUGAUACAAAUUUCCGCCGAGGAGAAGGAAUUGUUUGCUCCUGUUACGCAGCUAUUUAAAACAUCUUCGUUCGUGCAAGCUAAAUGUUAAUUAAAUAUUUUGGAGGAACAUUUAACAUCAGAAUGUCAACGUUCCUUGGGCUUAUCGACGAGAUACCAGGCAUCUCGGUGGAUCGUUUUGAUGGAGAGAACCGGAACUCCUCGGCGUACUUUCUUAGCCAUUGUCAUACCGAUCAUAUGGAAGGCUUGAGCUAUACGUUUUUCAUGUAUUUGAUACAGUACAACAAGUACCUCUAUUGCAGUCCUAUCAGUAAAAUUUUAUUAGAAUCUAAGUUUGGUGGUAAAGAUAAGGGUUCCCUGUUAAAUUUUCCCUGCAUUAAGGCCAUUGAGGUCGAUGAAAAGUUCCUCGUUGAACAUAAAAGCGAAGGCAACGUAGAGAUAACUGAUCUCUUUGUAACGUGUAUUUCCGCCGGACAUUGUCCCGGCUCUGUGAUGUUUCUUUUCGAAAGACUGGAUAAAUUUAUAUUAUAUACCGGGGAUUUUAGAAUCAAUACACGUGACUACAGAAAACUAAAGUCGUUGCACUAUCACGUAGAUUCCAAUAGAUUUCCAAAGAAGCUUGCCAAGAUGUACUUAGACACGACGUUUCUGGAUAGCGAUUUCAGGUCUUUCCCGACAAGGAAAGAAACUAUUAAUGUGAUGGGUAGAGAAGUGAGGGAUUGGCUGAAGAAAAGCUCAAGGAAUGUUGUUGUUCUAGAUUGUUCUGCUACGUACGGCUCCGAGUAUCUCUACAAGGAGCUGUCGACAUUUUUAAAAGAUCACAUCAAGGACUCGCGUGUUCACGUUAAACAUUAUGUACACGAGAGCUAUUGUCGCAUCUCAAACUUGGAAAGUUAUAUUACGAAUGAUCCGUUGAGCGCGCGUAUACACGCGUGUAUGAAGAAAGGCGAGAGUCUGAAAUGUCGCACUGACGUCCUCGAGGAGAACAUAUUAACGAUUGUACCAUCAGCAAUGAAAUGGAGGGGAGAGGACAGUAGUAAAAUCGGGGAGUGGGAUAAGCAGAAAGCACGGAUGUAUAACGUGUGCUAUUCCGUGCAUGCUUCUUAUAGCGAACUUGAGGAAUUUAUACUAUAUUUCAAGCCAGAGGAAAUAUAUCCUUGUGUAUGCCCGAGCCACGAAAGUGGCAGAAUAUUUUAUUUGUUAAAUAAAAUCAAAAGUAAAAUUAGAAGAUAAAAAGAGGAGGAUGAUACGGCUAGCCUUCUUUUAUAAUUGUAAAAGAAGGAAAUUAUACCAAAUACAUGUUAAAUCCGUAAACGUCAAGUUAAAGUAAGCCGCCAAGUAUCUGAUGAUAAUAACACAAUAAAGCUAAUGAAUAAUUUGACUUUUGCGCUUAAGUUUAAUUCUCCGAUGAUUGUAUUAAUCUUAUAAUUAUGUACCACUAACAGAUAAGUCACCGUUACGCUAUGCUUUAAAGAUUAAAGUUUGUAUUUUGAUAGAAUAAAAUAUAAUUAACGAUAUCCUUAUUCAAACUGAUUCUUGAGCGCAGUACGAGGUGGAUGUAACUUGAAGAAGCACAUUUACGCGUUCAAGUUGUACUCUUUUUAU